GAUGUUGUUUGCUGAAUGAAUGAAGCUAAUUUUUUUACUAAUUUUGCGUUAUUUUGUUAAUUAAUUUUUACCUUUUAAUGAUAAGAGGUUGUUGUUGUUUUACAUGAUUCCGGGAUUAUCCUGUUAUGACUGACCAAAAUGACAAUGUGAAAGUGAUUGUAAGGUGUAGGCCACUGAAUGAAACUGAAAAAUCAUCAAAUUGUAAAGUUGUAGUCCAUGUUGAUGAAACAUUGGGAACGAUAACAGUAUCAAUUCCGAAUGGGGACAAACAAAUCGACAUUCCAAAGAAUUUUACUUUUGACACGGUUUUCGCACCAGAUUGCAAGCAGGUUGAUGUCUACAAUGUAGUGGCCAGACCCAUUGUUGAAUGUGUGUUGGAGGGGUAUAAUGGAACAAUCUUUGCAUAUGGACAGACAGGUACUGGCAAAACAUUUACCAUGGAAGGUGUCAGAUCUGUUCCAGAGUUACGCGGCAUCAUUCCUAACUCAUUUGCACAUGUCUUUGGGGCCAUUGCUAAAUCUGAAGAUGAUAUUAAGUUUCUAGUUAGAGUAUCUUACCUGGAAAUAUACAACGAAGAGGUCAGGGAUUUAUUAGGCAAAGAUCAAACACAACAAUUGGAGGUCAAGGAGAGGCCAGAUGUCGGUGUGUACGUCAAAGACUUGUCGGCGUUCGUGGUCAACAAUGCCGACGACAUGGACAAAAUAAUGACUGUUGGCAAUAAAAAUAGGGCGGUGGGGGCCACAAAUAUGAACGCGCACAGUUCGAGAUCUCACGCCAUCUUCACGGUCACAAUCGAGUGCAGUGACAAGGGCCCAGAUGAUAAAAGUAGAGUCAGGGUCGGGAAAUUGCACCUCGUCGAUUUAGCUGGUUCGGAGAGGCAGUCGAAGACAGGUGCAACAGGUCAAAGGUUAAAAGAGGCAACGAAAAUUAACCUCUCGCUGUCAACCCUUGGAAAUGUGAUAUCGGCACUGGUCGACGGCAAAAGCACGCACAUACCCUAUCGAAAUUCAAAACUAACCAGACUCCUGCAAGAUAGCUUAGGCGGGAAUUCAAAAACCGUUAUGGUGGCCAACGUGGGGCCAGCCGACUACAACUUCGACGAGACGAUCAGCACGCUUCGGUACGCGAACCGGGCGAAGAACAUAAAGAACAACGCGAGGGUGAACGAGGACCCUAAAGAUGCCCUGCUGCGGCAGUACCAGAAGGAGAUCGAUGAUCUGAGGAGGCAGCUGGAAGAGGGAGGUGCGGCGGGAGAUGUGGAUGGAGAGGGAGAGGGUGCCGAUGAUGAAGAUGAGGAUGGAAGGCAGCAGCACGUGAGGGGCGGGGUUUCCAGAGAGAAAAUGCAAAAAAUGAGAGAGGAGAUAGAGAAAGAGAGGAAGAAAUUGGAGAGUCAGAAAGAUAUGGAGGAAGAGGAAAAGAGGAAGAUACAGAAUGAUCUGGAAACUAAACAGAUGGAACUAGAUGGCGCAAUGAAAGAGCAGGCGAUCUUGAAGCAGCGCCUGCAGGCCUUGGAGAAGAAGAUAAUUGUGGGGGGAGAGAAUCUUCUGGAGAAGGCUGAGGAGCAAGAGAGGAUGCUGGAAGAGAGUGCUCUGGAGUUGGAGGAGAGGAAGAAGAAAGCCGAACAUCUGAAGAAGGCUCUAGAAGAGAAAGAAGCUGAGAGACUUGACAUAGAAGAAAAAUAUUCCAGCCUGCAAGAAGAAAUCAUUGGAAAGACGAAAAAAUUAAAAAAAGUUUGGACUCUGUAUGUGCAAGCCAAGGAAGAAUUGAAAGACCAGAGAGAAGAGCACCAGAGGGAGAUGGAAGGAAUGCUGGACAACGUGAGGGAACUCACCAAAGAACUCAAACUUCUCGUCCUCAUCUGCGAUCAUUUUAUUCCCCAAGAAUAUAUGGAGUUGAUAGAGCAGAACGCCAUGUGGAGUGACGAGUUGGGCGAGUGGCAGUUGAAGUGCAUCGCUUAUACUGGCAACAAUAUGAAGAAGGAUGAUAACGUCCAUAACUUCAGAGAUGCCGAUGAUGACGAUGAAAUAGAUCUAUCUCACAUUUACUUCACAUACACGCCGGAAGCGGAAGCGGCCAGAAUACUCAGCUCCAAAAAUAAAAAGAUCAAAAAUAACAAGAUAUCCUCCGAUAGUAAAAGGAAUAGAGAAGUAAUUGAAUGACUCUCUGAAAGAAAAGAAACUAACCACAUCGGAUUUUAUCACAAUUGCAAUCUAUUUUUAUCUCCUAUCAUCGUUACAUCAUACUCUAUUUUUAGUUUUUUAUCACUACAUUAUUAAUAUUCUAUUUUUAACUGUUACCCUCAUUGGGUUGUAUUCUAUUUUUAGCUUUUGUCGUCAUCUCAUCCUUACAGAUUUUGUCGUUAUUAUAAAAUCAUCACACUCAAUUUUUAGUUUUCAUGAUAAUUUCUUUAUCAUAUUCUAUUUUUAGUUAUUAUCAUCAUUACGUCAAUCUAUUUUUAGCUUUUAUCAUCACCGCAAAGUACGUACGUUCACCCCUCAUCACUAUCAAAUGGACCCAUCUAUUUUUAGCUUUCAGUCUAUUUUUAGCUCGUCAUCUCAGUCCAACUUAUAUGUACAGUUAAUUCCGUUGUUACAUCGUUUGAUUCAGUCAGAUAAUGUUUAGUUUCCGCCUUAGAAUCAUUUUAAAAUUUAUUUUUAAAAUUAGAUAACAUAUUUAAAGAUGGGUAUGUAUAUAUAUAUUGUGUGUGUGUGUGGGGGGGGGUGUGCACAUAUAGCUACCUUAGUCAAACAUUAAGCUUCUCAAACAUUGAUAUUAUAUUUCUCUAUUUGUAUUCAUAAACUGUUUGCUCCAUAUUUAAGCACCGACAUUUUAUUAUUUUUCUUAUUUUAUUAUCAUUGCUAUUGUUUUAAUGACGCAUCAACGUAUCAUUUGUAUCAUUAAUAUCAUCUCACUCUUAGAGAUAUACAUUGCUAUCAUUAUUACAUUGUCUGCUUUGUAUCUGAAUGCGAACAUUAUUAUUCAGCAACAACCUCACAACAACAACAUCACAACAACAACAUUUAUCAUCGGGCGAGUCGUUUUAGGCAGGUAUGGGUUUGGUUAUUUGCCAGGCUCUCUUAAGCAGGCCUUUUGAGUAACAUGACCCACAGCACCUAAUCUAAGCCACAUGUUACUCUCCUCUUUUCAUUUUGUUUUCUAUAAAAUCAACACGAACUAAUAAUAUUUAAAAUAACAAGAAAAAAUAACGACAA